CCCGCCCCCGCCCCGAGGGCUCAUUUGCAUGCGUCCGCGGCCCCGCCCGGGGCGGCUAAAGCGACGUGUCCUUGUCCCCCGUGGGCAGCCUCAGCGCGUGCGGCCGCGGAUCCCCAGCUCCAAGGGCCUCAUCUCCCCGCCGCCACCUCCUGGGACAGCCAGUCCAGGGCCAUGAAGACCAAGAACCGGCCCCCGCGGCGCCGGGCCCCGGUGCAGCACACAGAGGCCACCCCUGGGGAGGGGACGCCAGAGGGGUCCCUGCCGAACCCGGGGCCAGAGCCGUCCAAGGGUCUGCGGAGCCGGCCGGCCCGGGCUGCAGCAGGGGCGAGGGGCGAGGGCGGGCGCAGGCGUCCAGGCCACUCGGGACCCGGUGGCCGUCGUGACAGCAGCAUCCAGCGGCGGCUGGAGAGCAACGAGAGGGAGCGGCAGCGGAUGCAUAAGCUCAAUAACGCCUUCCAGGCCCUCCGUGAAGUCAUCCCGCACGUGCGCGCCGAUAAGAAGCUCUCCAAGAUCGAGACACUCACACUGGCCAAGAACUACAUCAAAUCACUGACGGCCACCAUCCUGACCAUGUCCAGCAGCCGCCUCCCGGGCCUGGAGGGGCCGGGCCCCAAGCUCUACCAGCACUACCAGCAGCAGCAGCAGCAGCAGCAGCAGGUGGCCGGGGGCACGUUGGGGGCCACCGAGGCCCAGCCCCAGGGCCACCUGCAGAGGUACUCCACCCAGAUCCACAGCUUCCGAGAGGGCACCUAACGCCCAGCCCUGGGUGGGGGUGGCAGUGGCCGCGGCUGCCCGGCCUGCUCCUCCCAGCCCCAGUCCCUCCAAGCCGCGAGCCCCAAAUGGGCGGACACACCCCACAAGGACGCGGCCUCAGCGGUUCCAUUUUCCCCCGAACAUUCAGCCAUUUCCCUGGAGCAAUUUUUCCUGCCCCGCUGGGGACCAGCAAGUGGCCUAGUUGAGGCCAUGGCCCUGGAGAGCGGCGUGAGGCCCAAACCUUUGGGUAGGGCCCAGGCAGAUCCGGAUUUUUCACUGAGCCAGGCAGUCUCCUUGAAAAGGAGGAAAAGUUGAAAACCCUCCUUAGCCUUGGCACCAACGAUUCUUCACCCUGACUUCCUCCAGGGCAAGGGGAGAUCCCAGGAAAAGGGUUACCGGCAGGUUUUCUGAGGCCAAGGCCCCGGCAAGGGACCCCUGCCUCCAACCUUCAUUAUAGGGCUACAUGGGGCCUGGGCUCAGCAUCCGCAUUUGGGGUAAACUGAGGCCCGGGACAAGCCCGGCAGAGCCCAAGGCUGCUCAGGGAGUGGGGCCAAUCUGAGAUGGUUGGAGCUGGCAGAAAAUCUAAUCAGAUGACGUCAAAUUCAUCCUCAAAGGUUGAAUAGUGGGGAGGGGCUGGAGUGUCUUCCUCCCUCCUCCCAAGUAGGGGCUCCUGGAUGUGGUGACCCCAGGCUGUGCCUGGUUGUGGAGGGUCUGGGACAGGGUGUGAGGGGCGCUGUGGAGCUGGAGCAGGAGACAGGGCUAGGUGUUGCUGGUGCAGCCCUUCUGGGCAUGGGAGAGAAGCCCCAAGGCCCUUUCUUGCCCCCCAAGAGUGGCUCUGAGGCCUCCUGCUCAGCCCCGGCCCGUGCAGGGACUAAGUGUGCCCCACCCCAGCCCCCGCCACCGCCGUUACUUAUUCUCACUGACGUGGGGUUGUCAUAUAAUUGGCACCAUGCUGUGUCUGUAGGACAUGACGAUGUGCUUGGGUCCUGGUCUGAGUUGGCAGCCCGUUGGGUGUCUCUGCCUGGUGGAGCCUCGGGGUGGCAGGUACAUCCCUUCCCCCACCCAGGUACUUCAUGCUCAUGGCUGGGCCUGGUGGCUUGGCACGUCUCUGCCGCCCCAAGCCCAGCUUCCUUCUGCUGGGCGUUCCUGCCCCACUGGCUCUGCCGGACUUGGCCACUUGGCUCUCCCCUCCCUCAUGCCUCUGCCCAGAGAUGUCCUGAAGGCCCUCAGGGCCAAGCUGGGCCAGGGAUGUGGCUGCCACAGCUGAGACUAAGGGCUCUGGUUGGCCCGUCCCCACCAGGUGGCCUUGCCCUUCCCAAGAUGGGGGUUGUGGUGCCAAAGGCUGCAUGCACCAGCAGGCUUGGGGUCACGCCUAGCCACGUAAGGACACAGGUGAUACCCUGAGUAUCUGGCAUUGGCAGCUUCGGGCCUGAUUUUCCUGGUCAGGGCCCCUUAAGGUGGCCCGGGCACGUAGGCCUCAUUUCGAUGAGACUUUAUCAGAGGCCUGGUCUGGUCCUGGCCCUACCGCCCCGGCUGCCCUUCAGCACAGCUCGGGGUGGGGACUCUGGGAUGCUGGGUCUGCCCCUUGGGAGGGGGCAGUCUGGAAGGUGAGGGUGAUCCACCACCGUGGGCUGAGAUUGGAUGCAGGUGGAAGCUUGGGACAGAGACAGCUUGGGGCUCCCUUGCUGUGGGACACCUGCCCAGCGGGGACUCAAGAUGACAAAGACCUCACCAGCGGGGGUACUCAGGUGCUACAAACCUGGCAGCUCUUGUUUCCGGCUGAGCCAUGGCCAGAGCAGGGCUCAGUCCGCCCGUGAACUUGCUGAAUGGACCGACAAGCUGAGCCCGAAAGCCCAGAAGAGCCUCGGUCCAGGAGACGAAGACUGGACCCGGUGUCCAGCACAGCCCAGGGCUUCCCGGGGGGCAGCAGGAGGGCCUGGGGGUCACCGCCUUCAGGACAAUGGCCUCAGUGGCUCCUUCUGCCCUGAACUGGCACCUGCACCUCCUCCGCUUCCUAAAGGGUGACCUGGGCCGAGCAGCCAGUCCUUCUUCCCCUGAGGCCAGAGGGGACACCCUGUGGCCACAUCACACAGGAUACUCAGUAGCCAUAGUCUCGCUUCGGGGUGUCCAGUGUUUCGAGGAGGAGAGGGGACAGGGGCCAGGCCCACUCCCUUGGCCCUCCUCUUGGACCCCAAGGCCAGGCUGGAUCCUUUUAUCCUGUGGAGAGCCCCUGCCUCGGCCAUUGGGCUGAGUUCCCUUAAGUCCCCGCAUAAGCGGGUCAGAGACCCACGUGCCGUCCCUGGGCUACCCCACGCGCUGUCCCCCGGGGCUGUGGACGCACCCACCCUUUGGCAGACAGACGCCCUGAGAGCUCCGGAGGCGCGAUCCCCAUCCCCACCCGCGGAGAAGCCAGAACCGCGAUUGUUGCGUCUGGGAAAACCCGGCCGGAGCCGCACGGCCCGGGCCCCUCUGUAAUUGUGCUGAAAAUGAUUCUCAAAUGACCCAAACUGGCUCUUAUGUUUUCUAAUGGCCCUUUCAAAGUAUUCAUGAAAUUGACGCUGUGUCACACAACAAAAAAUAAAAGAUUUCACGGCAA